AUGCCGUGGCUCCUUGAUGCAUGCACGCGUCAACAUAGGAUCUGCCUAGACCUAGCGAUUCAGCGAGAUUGCAAUGGAGUAUGCACAACGCCAAUAUUUCCCUUGCGAGAUUCUACAUCAGCGUGGCCGUCGGGUCUUCCUUGGAUUGGGUUAUACUGGAUCGGUGUCGUCCUCACACUAGAAGCCCCGCCUUUCUGCAAGGUACACAACUUGCUCGCUACAGAGGAAAGAGAUGAUGCACAUUACUCCUUUCUGCAAGUAAAGAAAGGAUAUGUUCUCAUAACAAGGAUGGAAAGUAUAACAGGUUACAAAAACCAAUAUGGACAACACAGAUCUGAAAGUGAUGGACAGAAGAAGAAAGGGCGAGGUGUACUUUUCGUAUUUAGGACAAAGCAUUUAAAGAGGUUCAAAACAAAGAAAAUGAAACUGAAGGUCCAGUUUCCAGUGAACAUAGAAGCAAUAUUUUCCAGACCGCAUAGAAAGACACUCCGCAAUGCAACUCAUCACAGCCUUAUGGAGCAAGAACGUGCUACAACAGAGAUCCAAAAGGUAAACUCUGAGCUCAGCCAUCAGGUCACCGAAUUACAAGAUCAAUUACAAGCUGAACGUGAAAGCACACAAGAGAGGAUUAACUUCGAGCGUGCUAAGAGAGAAAACCUUGAGGAGAGGUUAAAAGAAGAGCGUGCUGAAACGGAAAGAUUGUUGGAAGAGGAGCGAAGAUCAAUAUUGGAAUUUGAGAAAAACAUGAUGGCAAAGUUUGCACAGUUCUCCCAACAGACGCAAACACAUCAGAUGAAUAAGAAAAGGACUAACAAAGAAAUUAAUAAUCCAAACUUGCAAAAUACUCUUUUACAGACCGCUAGUACUACUGGGACUCUAGGUACAAGGCACAAUGUAAUUGCUCCCAAUAUGCUCAUACAAGCUGCAAAUAUUCGAAUGUUUCGAGCAAUGGAUCCAAAGAUUAACUAG